AUGUCUGAAAAAUAAAUAGAAUUUGAGUAUUUAUUAAGAAUUGUAUUGGUUGGUGAUUCUGGAAUUGGUAAGACUACACUCUUCAUCAAACACAAAGAAUAAUAAUUUUAAUAAAAUUUAUCCCCAACUAUUGGGAUUGAAUUUCACAAUAAAUUUGUUGAAUAUUAGAGAAAAAUGAUUAAACUAUAACUUUGGGAUACUGCAGGUUAAGAGACAUUUCGAUCAAUAAGUCAAAAUUAUUAUAGAAAAGCGAACUCUAUUUUUUUCAUCUAUGAUAUCACAAACAAGCAAUCUUUUGAGAGAGUAUAUUAAUGGAUGAAUGAAGCCAAUUAAUUAGCACCUUCUGAUUUAAUCAAAGUUCUCAUUGGAAAUAAAAGCGAUUUAAUUAAUAAGAGACAAGUAAGUUUUGAUGAAGGAAAAUAAUUUGCUUUCGAAAAUGACCUUGAAUUCUUUGAAUUGUCUGCUUUCGGAAACAGGAAUCUAGAAGAUCCAAUAUAUUAUGUUCUAGAACAAUUUCUUAAGUAAAAGGAAUCAGAAUAAAACUAAAUUAUUGAAAACAAUCUUGCCUUAUCAAAUUAAAUAGUAUAAAUUGAAAAUAUCAAUUAAAAUCAAUCUUGUAAAUGCUGA